AAUUGGCCCUGUGCAUAACACGAAAUACGCGUGACAAGGAACGCCCUCUAUCGUGUACGAAACGUUCGUUCCUUUCACAGAACUCCUGUUCUUUCCUAGGGAGUCCGCCAUUGUUGCUGCACGUAUAUUUCUGUUAAGGCCAACGGAAAUCGGAUUACAUCCAAAAUGGUGAACUUCACGGUAGAUGAGAUACGUGCUAUGAUGGACAAAAAGAAAAACAUCAGAAAUAUGUCUGUCAUUGCGCAUGUUGAUCAUGGAAAGUCAACUUUGACUGACUCCCUUGUGUCUAAGGCCGGUAUUAUUGCUGGUGCUAAAGCUGGUGAAACCAGAUUUACAGAUACUCGCAAGGAUGAACAGGAACGAUGUAUUACUAUUAAAUCCACAGCUAUUUCUAUGUUCUUUGCACUUGAAGAGAAAGACUUAGUUUUCAUUACAAACCCUGAUCAACGUGACAAGGAUGAAAAAGGUUUCUUGAUUAACCUUAUUGAUUCACCUGGCCAUGUUGAUUUCUCCAGUGAAGUAACUGCUGCUCUUCGAGUAACUGAUGGAGCUCUUGUGGUUGUUGAUUGUGUAUCUGGUGUCUGUGUGCAAACGGAAACUGUACUUCGUCAAGCUAUUGCUGAACGUAUAAAGCCAGUGUUGUUCAUGAACAAAAUGGACAGAGCACUUUUAGAACUUCAGCUUGAUAGUGAAGAUCUUUAUCAAACUUUCCAACGUAUUGUUGAAAACGUUAACGUUAUUAUUGCAACAUAUUCGGACGAUGAUGGUCCUAUGGGUGAAGUUAGAGUAGAUCCUAGUAAAGGUUCAGUCGGUUUUGGUUCUGGUCUUCAUGGUUGGGCGUUUACAUUAAAACAAUUUUCUGAAAUGUAUGCUGAGAAAUUUAAAAUUGAUGUUGUAAAACUUAUGAAUAGAUUAUGGGGAGAAUCUUUCUUUAACCCCAAAACUAAGAAGUGGAGCAAGCAGAAGGAAACAGACAAUAAACGAUCCUUUUGCAUGUACGUCUUAGAUCCAAUUUAUAAGGUAUUUGAUAGUAUAAUGAAUUACAAAAAAGAUGAAGCGGACAACCUGCUGCAAAAAUUAGGAAUUGUUUUAAAACCCGAAGAUAAAGAUAAAGACGGCAAAGCUCUUCUUAAGGUUGUCAUGAGAACAUGGUUACCAGCUGGAGAAGCUUUGCUUCAGAUGAUUGCUAUUCAUUUGCCAUCCCCUGUUACCGCGCAGAAAUAUCGUAUGGAAAUGUUGUAUGAAGGUCCGCUUGAUGACGAGGCUGCAAUUGGUAUUAAGAACUGCGAUCCGAAUGGGCCACUCAUGAUGUAUGUUUCGAAAAUGGUACCGACCUCCGACAAAGGUCGUUUCUAUGCUUUCGGUCGUGUAUUCUCUGGGAAAGUGAGCACUGGAAUGAAAGCACGUAUUAUGGGACCUAAUUUCCAACCGGGUAAAAAAGAAGAUCUUUAUGAGAAAGCUAUCCAGCGUACAAUUUUGAUGAUGGGACGUUACGUUGAAGCGAUUGAAGAUGUGCCUUCUGGUAAUAUUUGUGGACUUGUUGGCGUUGAUCAAUUCUUAGUGAAGACUGGUACCAUUACUACGUUUAAGGAUGCACACAAUAUGAAAGUUAUGAAAUUUUCGGUUUCACCUGUCGUCCGUGUUGCUGUUGAACCUAAAAAUCCAGCAGAUUUACCUAAAUUAGUUGAAGGUCUUAAACGUUUGGCGAAAUCAGAUCCUAUGGUACAAUGUAUUAUUGAAGAAUCAGGAGAGCACAUUAUUGCUGGUGCUGGAGAACUGCACCUUGAAAUUUGUUUAAAGGAUUUGGAAGAAGAUCAUGCUUGUAUACCCAUUAAGAAAUCGGAUCCCGUUGUUUCUUACAGAGAAACAAUUUCGGAACAAUCGAAUCAGAUGUGUCUUUCAAAAUCACCUAAUAAGCAUAAUCGGUUAUUCAUGAUGGCGUGUCCUAUGCCUGAUGGUCUCGCUGAAGAUAUCGAUAGUGGUGAAGUUAAUCCAAGGGAUGACUUCAAAGUACGUGCUCGUUAUUUGAACGAAAAAUAUGACUACGAUGUAACCGAAGCUAGGAAGAUUUGGUGCUUUGGACCUGAUGGAACUGGACCCAACAUUCUUGUAGAUUGUACGAAAGGAGUACAGUAUCUUAACGAAAUUAAGGAUUCUGUUGUAGCUGGAUUCCAAUGGGCUACGAAAGAGGGUGUUCUUUCGGAAGAAAACUUGAGAGGUGUGCGUUUCAACAUUCACGAUGUGACGUUACAUGCUGACGCUAUUCAUAGAGGUGGUGGUCAAAUUAUUCCUACCACAAGACGUUGCCUUUAUGCUUGUCUUCUCACUGCCUCUCCUCGACUUAUGGAACCAGUUUACUUAUGCGAAAUUCAGUGCCCUGAAACAGCUGUCGGUGGUAUCUAUGGUGUGCUUAACCGAAGAAGAGGUCACGUAUUCGAAGAACAACAGAUUGCUGGUACACCUAUGUUUGUAGUUAAAGCAUAUCUUCCAGUUAAUGAGUCCUUUGGUUUUACUGCCGACUUGCGUUCUAACACCGGCGGACAAGCUUUCCCUCAAUGUGUAUUCGAUCAUUGGCAGAUCUUGCCCGGUGAUCCAAUGGAACCUAAUUCUAGACCUUAUCAAGUUGUGCAGGAAACACGUAAAAGAAAAGGAUUGAAGGAAGGUCUCCCAGAUUUGAAUGCAUACCUUGACAAAUUGUAACCAUAGAUUCGCGCACCAUAUUUAAAUAUCUAUUUAAAUAUUGUAAUUCAAUUAAUAUUGCUCGGACCGUAUACAAUCUACAUCGGUUUAUUAUGAACUUUGUUUUGCGCAAAGAAACAUGAGAAAUACAUGAUUAUAAAUAUGAAAAAAACAAUAAAUUGUAAUUAUGAUGGAAAGUACGCAUGUUGGCGCAAGGAGAAAUAUUUUAUACAUUUAUUUAAUUAAACAUGCCACGUGUUAUUAAGAUCCCGGUGGCUUUACGUUUUUAGCAUAUCAGCAUCAGAUAAGAAUUCAAUUGUUAUUUUUAUUGUGGUGGUAACUUAUUGCCAAUUUCACAUAACAAAUGAAAACAAAAGAUUGUAAUUUUUUACAUUGCUUUUUUACCACAAUUAGUUUUAAUUUUUUGUUGAUAUUUUCAAAUGAUUGGACGAAUUUCGAAGUUAUUGAUAACAAAAAAUCUACAACAGCAAUGUACUCAUUGAAACGAAAUGCAUCAAGAAAUUAAAAAUGAAAUUACGAGA